AUGAAUAGCUUGAAGGAGUAUGUAAAGAAUAUAGAUUUUGGAAUUGUGGACGACCCAGAGGUACUAGAUAACGUCUAUAAUGAAAUAGAAGGAAAUGAAAAGGAGCUGGUGCUGGACGCAGAAACUACACACCAGAUGGAAAUCCUUAUAAGAAAGAGCAACUCCAAGCAGAUAUUGGAUCUUUUCGAAAAAUUAGACGUCGAGCGUCUUAUGAGCAAGAAGCUUGGGUCUAGGGUUAUUGAAGUGAUAUAUGAUGCCAUUUUUGACAUGGUUUAUAUCCAGAGACAGGAUGUUGACAUCGAUCUGCUGGUGAAGCCGGUCGAAAACAUAUUGGAAACUAAGUUUUCUGAUACGAAUGCCACGCAUAUAAUUAGAAAGCUCUUCCAGCUUGUAAGCGGAAAAAGAAUUAUCGACGGCAGGAUCCAGUCUUUCAACUCUGUAAAACCUGGGCAUAUAGAAAAGUACAAGGAAAUAAUCAUGGAGCUUAUCCCUAAGCUUUCAAAGGAAGACAGUUUUAUCACACUGUUAUCAUAUCUAUAUUGUUAUAGAAGUAAAACCAUUGUCCUUGAGGUGGUGAAGCACCAUUUCACGUGGGAAAGAGUCUGCGACCCAUCGAUGUCUUACUUCUUUGAAAAAAUAGUGGGAAUAUCAGGGAAGAAAGCAAGAGAAUAUAUUUUUGAGAACCUAAAAGAUAGGGUGAUGGAGUUGUGCAAGGAAAAGUGUGGAAACUAUUUCAUUGGAGAGUUUAUUUUGUGCCAUUACCAAAAAGCAGAUUACUUCUUUGAUGUAAUAGAUCUAUCAGAGUUUGACAAAAAUUCCAACAUAGUCAUGAAGCUCACGCAUUCUCUGCUAAAAGCAAGGUCAUACUCCAAUAUCGAUAAAAUAAUGAAGGAGUUUUACUUGGAAAGUGGAGAUGACAUUAUAUCCUGUACGUUUGGUGGUGUUGAAGGAAAUUUCAAGCAAAAGUAUGCACCGAUGCUCUGCGAGCUGAUGAAGCUUCCAAAUGAGAGAAAUUAUGGAAUAAAUACAGCCUUUAGGAAAAGCUUUAGCAGCAGAUGGAUCAGAUCAAAGGGAGGAAUUGAACUUCUCCAGGGAUAUUACGAAGGUGCAGAUGAUGGAAGGUCGAAGAGAAGCUUUACCAAGCACAUUGAAGAACACCUUCCUCUCAUAGUGAAUAGAAAAGGAUGCGAUGCUAUUCUUGAGUUUAUGAGAAUGUACGGAUCACAAAAGGCUGUUGUGGAAAUAAGAAAAAGACAGCAAUCUGUCAAAAAAGUCACUCCAGCCAAGCCAAAGGAAUAUUUUCAGUCAGCAAAAGCAGCCCCUGAAUAUGUCGGCACUCUUUAG